CAAAUUGCAUUAAAAAUGCAAAUUCCAUAUUUAUUUAUUUUGCUGUUUACAUUAUUGGUCAACUUGUUGUACUGCAUUUGUCAAGAGGAUAAAAUAAAUGAUUGGGUAAACUCCAACAACUGUCAGCCCGGCUCGCCAAUAGAGCUCGACUUCUGCACAUGCCAGUGUUCCGAAGUAACGGCUGCCAUCCGCUCGUCACCCGAACUACAAUUGGAGGCCUCACGCAGACUUCAACUCCGGCGCAGCCAGAGGCAGAAAAGACAAACCUAUACUACAAAGCCUUAUACCCCGGGGGUUCCAGAGAACCCUCCAGGGGUUCCAAAGGACCCCCCAGAGGCUCCAGGGGAGCCCCCAGGCGUUAUUAAAUGCUGGGAAACCUGCGUUGACACUCUAAUUUAGUUGAAUACAUUCAAAAUAUAUA